AUGAAACAAAGCGAACAGGUUGUUCUUGCAUCCUAAUAGCCUGGAUUGAUAGAUACGUCAACUAAAAGAUUGAUAUCCAAAUCCUCUUCUUAAUUUUAAUCACCUUCUUUUUAACAACCGGUUGUUACAAGACGCAUACAUAGGAAAUUAGUACCAAUGGAUGGUGAGGCUGAGGAAACUGUUGUUUAACCUAUUCAACCUCCUCCUUAACCAAUUGUCCAUCCUGUUCAAUAAAUGAUUUGGCCAGUUGCAGUUUAAUUUAAUGAAGAUGAUGCAUUAGCAAAAAUUAGAGAAGAAAAAAUGUUGGCACUUCUUGAACGAUAGUCUGAAAUGCUUACAAAUUUACUAUAGAAGUAUAAAAGAUUGGAAGAGGAAUAAACAAAUAAAAUAUAAAGGAGAAUAAAAGAACUGGAAAGAGAAAAUGAAGAAAUUUGGUAAAGGAGAAGAUAGAAUUAUUUGAUAUACAAUGUCUCUUAAUCAGUAGAUUAAAAAUUAAAGGAAUUUAAUGAAUUUCAAAUGCGCCCAUUUUUGGACUAAGGUUAGCCUGUUCUUUUAAAGCCAAUUCAUUAGGAUGAUCGACUAUUUUUUGACAAGAAAAAGAAGAAACCAAAGCCUAAGAAAGUAGUUGAAGUUGAUGAUGGACUGGUUCAAGACCCAGAUACAGGAGAAUUAUGGGAUCCAAAAACUGGAGAAGUUGUACAACAAUCCCUUCCUUAAUUACCAUAUUGA